ACUAGGGAAGGAGGCAUGGCUGCGUCAGCGGAGGAGGCCCGGGCGGCGGCGGCCCAAUGGCUGCUCUGGGACAAGUUGUCAGAGGUGCAUGGAAAACCUGAUCCUGUUUUGCCUCUGCAGCUAGGGCCAUCUAGGGAGGCCAUGCCAGAAGCAGGAUUUGACUCACAGAUCUUUGCAAGCAGAGUGAGGAUUGCAACCUUGAUUUCACAUCAGAAGAUUGUUACAAAACGUAAAAAUCCUAAAACCUCAGAAAUGGUCAAGCAACUGGUUGCUGAUGGAAACACAGAAGAGCUCCAACAAUGUUUUGGUUCACGGAUGGAGUUUGGGACUGCAGGGCUCCGAGCAGCCAUGGGACCAGGAACCUCUCGGAUGAAUGAUUUGACUAUUAUUCAGACCACUCAGGGAUUCUGUAGGUACCUUGAAAAGAGCUUCAGUGACCUAAAGAAAAAAGGAGUAGUAAUUGGCUAUGAUGCUCGGGCUCAUCCGCCAAGUGGAGGUAGCAGCAAUAGAUUUGCAAGACUUGCUGCAACUACAUUCAUCAGCCAAGGUGUUCCUGUUUACCUUUUUUCUGGUAUAACACCAACUCCUUUUGUGCCCUAUACAGUGACUCAUCUGAAACUUUCUGCUGGAAUUAUGAUUACUGCAUCUCAUAACCCCAAACAAGAUAACGGGUACAAGGUUUAUUGGGAAAAUGGUUCUCAGAUAAUUGCACCUCAUGAUAAAGGAAUUGCUCAUGCUAUUGAAGAAAACCUAGAGCCAUGGCCUCAAGCUUGGGAUGACAGCCUGGUUGAUACAAGUUCCCUUCUCCAUGAUCCUUAUUCAUCUAUUAACAAGGACUACUUGAAAGACAUACAGAAACAUUGCUUUCACAGGAACAUAAACAAGGAAACAAAGCUGAAAUUUGUCCAUACCUCUGUGCACGGUGUAGGCCAUGAGUUUGUGCAGUCAGCCUUUAAGGCAUUUGACUUUAGCCCUCCAUUUGCUGUUCCUGAGCAGAAGGAGCCUGAUCCAGAAUUUCCAACAGUAAAAUACCCAAAUCCAGAGGAGGGUAAAGGCGUACUGACUCUGUCUUUUGCUUUAGCUGAAAAAGAAGGAGCUCGGAUCAUUUUAGCCAAUGAUCCUGAUGCUGAUAGGCUUGCUGUUGCAGAGAAACAACAAAGUGGUGAAUGGAAAGUGUUUUCUGGCAAUGAAUUGGGAGCACUUUUAGGCUGGUGGAUCUUCACUUGCUGGAAAAAUAAGAAUCGGGAUCCUGGUGCUAUCAAAGACAUAUACAUGCUGUCUAGCACUGUGUCCUCAAAAAUAUUAAGAGCAAUUGCUCUAAAGGAAGGUUUUCACUUUGAGGAAACAUUAACAGGAUUCAAGUGGAUGGGAAAUAGAGCUAAGCAGCUCAUAGACCAAGGAAAAACUGUAUUAUUUGCCUUUGAAGAAGCUAUUGGAUAUAUGUGCAGCCCUGUAGUCUUGGAUAAAGAUGGUGUAAGCGCUGCAGUCAUAGCUGCAGAAAUGUCUAGUUUUCUGGCAACGAAGAAUGUGUCUUUGUCUCAGCAACUGAAGAACAUUUACAAUGAGUAUGGCUAUCAUGUUACCGAAGCUUCAUAUUUUAUCUGUUAUGAUCAGAAGAUUAUUAAGGAGUUGUUUGAGAAGCUUAGAAAUUAUGAUGGAAAGAGCACGUACCCAAAGACCUGUGGGAGAUUCUCAGUGUCUGGAGUGAGAGAUCUAACUACUGGCUAUGACAGUAACCAGUCUGAUAAAAAAGCUGUGCUCCCUACAAGUAAGAGCAGCCAGAUGAUAACAUUCACCUUUAAUAAUGGAUGUGUGGCAACUAUGCGAACAAGUGGGACUGAACCUAAAAUCAAAUAUUAUGCAGAGCUUUGUGCACCUCCUGGGAACAGUGACUUUGAAAAACUGAAGAAAGAACUGGAUGAACUGGUCAAUGCUAUUGAAAAGUAUUUCUUUGAGCCAGAGAAAAAUAAUCUGCAGUCCAAGCCAGAAUAAUGUUUAUGUCCCGGUUCAAUCACUCAUAAUAUUUAUAAAAGAGUGAUGGUUUCACAAAUAUGGCUGUAACUUUACCCCAUUGAGAAACACUUGUGUUGCUUUUUCUGUCAUCUGUAUUUUAAGAGGUGGAAUAUGUCUUCCCUCUGUAAAUUCUUUUUCGUUCAAACAAUUUCCUGGAGAAAUUGAACUUUUAGUAAAUUAAUUCUUAAUGUGAGGUCACACAAGAACUUCCUAUAGCAUACAACUGGAAUUACAGACAAUACUUUGGAAAUGGAUAGCGUUUCUGUUACAAUGUGUUAAAUAAUUUUGCAUUCAGUCAUAGGAACUGUGCCACCUGUAGACCUCUAUUUUAUCAUGCUUGUUCAGCUGGAACUCUUUUACCUCAUAAUAGUUAUCUGUCAUAUUGUGCUGAAUGUCUUUUAAAGUCCGUUAAACUUUCUUGUGAAGAGACUCAAACCGAUCCUCUCCCUUUCGCUGCUUAUUUUCUGAUUUUACUUCCCUUCUUCUGUAUCUCUUAAUAUCUUGAAUUGUAAGCACAAGAGCAAGGUCUCUUGUUUUAUAGAGAAUGAAUUGUUACUGUGGAUGCUUGAUGAAUAAUGAUAAAUCAUGCAGUGGCGUCACUAGGAUUGGUGUCAUCCUAUGUGGUAAUUUCAGUAGAUGGAAGCAGCAGAGAUGUCCCUGCCAAAUGCUUCCCAAGGGUGCUGCUUCCCAAGGAUAAGCAGGCAAGCAACCCAGGGGACACGUGGCAGAGGACCCCAGCCGAGGGAACACUUGGAAGGAAGGGAGGAGCAGAAGCAAAGGCUGCCCCUGAAAAAGGAAGGAUGCUUCAGGGAGGACCUCCUCCUCUUCCUUCUCCUCCAGCUCAGUAGCAUGGCAGCUUGGCCAGGCAGUGCUGAAGCAGCCAGGUUGGGGGGGGUCCCCCGGGGGGGGUCCCCCUGCCUGACUGCCUACCUCCAUGCUACCAGGUCAAGCUGCCACGCUACUGCCACCACUGAAGAGUAGCUGGGCAGCUUCACCGGGUGGCACAGAGGCAGGCAGGCCAGGAGACUCUUGUCCCUGACUGACUGCCUCCACACUGCCUGGCUGAGCCACCAAGCUACAACUGCAACUGAAGAGUAGCCUGGCAGCUUCAUCAAGCACUGCAGGCAGGCAGGUGGAAAUAUUCUUUCUGCCAAGCUGCCUCCAUGCUGUCUGGCUAAGCCACCAGGCUACUGCUGCAGUCAAAGAGCUGGAGGAUGAGGAGCUAAAGACUGGGUGGAAAAGGGAGGAGACUCCCACCUGUCAGACCUGGAACUUCGGCACCCACUCCUGCCACCCUGCAGCCUUUCUAGGUGUGAUGGAGAUGUUGGCCGGGAGAGGGAUAAGACUCUUUCCCACCCUACCAACAAAGCUGCCAGACCCAGAACUUUGGCACCCCUAAAACAUCUUUUAAAAAGUAUCAAUUCCAAACAGCAAGCCUUGAUUUUGCCAUUUUACAUAAGGAACACCUUUUUACUAUGCCAUUGUAUUAAUGGGACUUGAGUAUCCAUGGAUUUGGUAUCCACGGGGGCGGGGGAGUGCCCUGGAACCAAACCGCAGAGGAUAACAAGGGCCCACUGUACAAGAAACCUGCACGUCCAAGAUCUGAGACAAUGCACAGCGAAGAUAAACCUGGCAGUAGCCCUGGCUGUUUGUGUAUUUUUUUAACCUCAAACAGAAAAUAUCAGUAGGAAUAGUUUCACAGCAGCAGAGUAUUUAUUAUCAACAUAUCACAAUGACAACACAACAUUGUUUGGGCUUAACUUUGCAAGACACAUAUUCUUGCAAUUACUCAGUACAGAUAAUGUGUGUGAAAAUUCUAAAGAAAUUAAACAACUGUUUUUUCCUUUGAAAAGUUUCUAUUUAAGUCUUGGGCUGUACAGUACAAGCAUGAUCUAUUUAUUUUUCUUAUGUUAUUGUCUGUUCCCCCCUUUACCCCUUACUCCCCCCUUGGGACUUCCUAUGCUUUUUUCAGAUUCACAAUCUAAUUGGGUUGUUGUCUUUAGUAAGUCAAACUGUUUUCCUUGACUGGUCUUUUCAGCUGGAGACAGAACUUCCUCUACUAGGAAUUCUUGCUCUGUCUCCCUUCUUUUAAUCCAAUUACAGUCGGCCCUUUUUACACACGGAUUUUUUAUACACAGAUUCAAGCAUACACGGUUUGAAAAUGUUCAAAAAAAGUAUAAAUUUCAAAUAUCAAACCUUGAUUUUCCAUUUUUUAUUUGCUAUGUCAUUAUAUUUAAUGGGACUUGAGCAUACACGGAUUUUGUUAUACACAGGGAUCUUAGAACCAAACCCCAGGAUAUAGCAAGGGUCCACAGUAUUCACAAUACUGGCAUUUUUCUCUAAACCUGGAGUAUAAAUGUACCAACAGUUUAACUGUAAAUCAGUGAUAUUAAAAAGAUUAUUAUUUAAUCGGC